GGAAGUGCAUCCCUUAUCUGAAAACCGCUUACACUGCAGAGGCUCUGUGCUCUGCCUAUGAGUCAGCGUCAAAGCGGCAGGUCAAUGAUCACUGCUUAUUAUCAAUGCAGUAAUUGACCUCUUAACAUACCAGCAGCUCGAGAGGCUAGACUCAUUUUUGCAGCUUAAAUUUUUGAAAUUGGAGGAUUAUUGUCUGAACGAGUCAUGGAUCAAUUCCGCGGUUUAUUUGUAAAAUUAGACCAAAACAAGGAUGGGUUCAUAUCGGUGGAGGAGCUGCAUAAAGAAAUGAGAAAACACGGGAUCCUCUCAGCAGAUGGCAAAGUCCAGGUAAGCUUAUAAAUGAUAUUUCAUCUAUUCUGAAAGCAUUCGCUGUCUCUGCAUGGCUGUAAGUCAUCUAUUUAUGGGUAUGAACCUGCUUAUGGACGAGUCUUGUUCCCCCUUUAGAGUAUCAUUGACUCUUAUGACAAAGACAAAGAUGGCCUGUUGGAUUAUAGAGAGUUUCUCAGCUACAUGAUGGACAGAGAGAGGAAAUGGAAAAUUCACUUUCAUGAGCUUGACAAGAACAAGUGUGGUGAGUUUCAGAGAUCUUACUUCUUCUUCAUGUUCUUCCUACCUUCUACAACACUAAACGGUUUGCAUACUGCCAAAUGAAAGCCUUAUCUUUUUUUCAACCUUCUUUUUCUACUUUUACAACAUACAGUUUUUACUAACCAAUAUUAAAUGCUUCAUUGUGACAGUAAAAUGCAUGCUCAAGGUCAGACAGGUAAGAAAAAUACACAGAAGAUUUGUUUAUGGUACACAGUAGACAAUGCCCUGAGCUGUUUGACCCUUGCACUUUUUGAGUUUACAGUAUCACUUCCCACUACCAUGACAAGUUGAAAAGCAGUGCCCGUAUCUGUUUGUAAUUUUGUGCAUUUCUUCUCUGAUCAGGAGUGAUUGACCAGGAGGACAUCAUAAGUUUGUUUAAGGAGUUAGGAGUGGUCAUAUCAAAGCCGAAUGCAAAUCAGAUUAUACAAAUGUAAGAUUUCUUUUGCCCACUCCACUAUUCUUUAUUCACACAUGUGUGAAAUAUGAAAUUAUGGCAGUUAAUAUCAGCUGGAUUAGAAACACAAUUGUACUUUUUAAACAACUUUAAGGUUACACGCAUUAUUCAAACACUGCACAUAUUAUUAGGGAUCAAUGAUUUAUUACUUAUUGUUAUUAUAGUUUAAGUAGAAGAAGUUUUGGCCUCAAACUCCUUUGUCAAUGAAGUUUUUUUCCACCAACUAAGCCACUAAACUGUCAGUCAACAUGUAAAAGUUGGGCUUCAGUUUGGAGUCAUCUGACAAACUUUUCAGCACUUCAGUAAUACAUUACCAGAAACGUGUAAAACCAGUAUUUGAUUAUCUUUUAUUUAAAUAAAACAACAGAUGACACUGUGCUGCUUGUUAUUAUUCUCCCUCACAGCGUUUGUUGAAACAGACCAACAGGUUUUUUUCUGUCCCUGUCGUAUCUGUGAACCUCAGGAUGGAUAAAGACAGCUCGAUGACGGUGGACUGGGGUGAAUUCCUGCAACACGUCAUCUUGAACCCCGUGGACAACAUCGGGGAGCUGGUGUCCUCAUGGAAACACAGUCUGGUGAGAUCAUCCUUCAUUCUCACUCUCACGUUACUGUUGAUACUCAAGCAGAGCAGAGGUGUAAGCACAAACUGUAAGUGUCCACUCGAGUGUGAGUGAAAGCACAAUGAUUGAAGGAUGACAAACGUUUUUGUUCAUUUGGUCUGUCUGCAGGUUUUUGACGUGGGUGAGAGUCGUGCGAUGCCCAUCGAGUUCCCUGAGGAGGCGUCUGGUUUUGGUGCGUGGAGGACAUUUGUUCUUGCCGCAGGAUUGGCUGAUGGUGUGUCCAGGACUGUGACGGCACCUAUAGAUCGACUUAAGACACAACUGCAGGUCUGCUGUAAAAUGCAUGAAUUCAGUAUCCAAAAAUUCAUGCUACACUUACGGGGAUAAAGUUUUAAACUCCUGAGGUCACAAUUUCCCUUGAUGCCAUUUAUUUUCAAUUUAUAUAAUAAAAAGUAACACUUCCUCCAAUAAGGACCGCCCAUGUAACACUACUUUGCUUUUUCUGCACUUGAAGCAUCAGAGGUGCAGCAUAUUGCACUGAAGGCCCCGGGCACAAAUACACACUGUCUCCCUGACCCCUUUUCCGGCAGUGCAGACAGACUCAAACUUGAAUUAUUUGUAUCUGUGUGUUCAUUUUGCCAAAUUUUAUCAAUGUUGCAUCAAAAAAGCACAAGUCAUCUUAAGCAAAAACUGGUCCAAGUACUCCUCCACCCUGUGCCUGCCUGGUAAGCCCACUGACUGACAGGAGGGGUGAGCAGGAGGACCUUUUCACUCUUGAAUCUGACUAUCAGACAGCCUGGAUUAAUGAUACAUAUACUGUUGUUAAAGGAAGCAUUUGACUGUCAAUUGCUUGAUUUCAUAUAAUCCAGUCAUUUAGUGUCUUUGAGGGACAAAUCAAGACCUCUUUUAUGUGGUUUUGAUUCAGUUCUCAGUGUUAUUUUUUUGCAUUUUUCCUUCCGAGCCAAACAAACAAAGUCCAAGUUAAGUAAAGUAAAAACCAAAACCACAGAUUGUUAGAUCUUUGUAAUAAUUUUCCAUGUUUAAGCGCAAAGAAAUAGCAUGUCAAGUGCUAUCUGCCUCGUUUCACGUCACUGAGGUUAUCUUUAGUCUAAUGACACUGAGUGUGCAGCUGUAAGCCAAUGCAAAGGUUUAAAUGCAGCCAUGUAGAAGCAAUAGUAGAAAGCAAAGUAGGCAGCAAUAGUUUGCAUUCGGGAGGCUGGCUAAGAGCCGCUUUGAAAUGAGAAAGAGAAUUCUGUAAAUUGUGUGUUGCAGAUCGUUUUUGUAGCAUCUUGACUCGUAUUAAUAAUGAAAAAUUUUGUGAUUACAACACAUAAUCAAAAGGAUUCAUAUCAAAGUGUUUUCUUUUCUGCUCUUCAGGUUCAAGGGUCCAAGGCGUUCUCUCAAGGCUUCCAGGAGUUGAAGGCAGGUGGUCUGCGUUCAAUGUGGCAAGGUAACGCUGUCAAUGUGCUAAAAGGAACUCCUCAAUCCACGCUGCAGUGUCUGAUCUAUGCUCAGGUGAGACUCCAGCAGAAGAGAGACUCUACAGUGUGAAUUAUUAAUGUACCAGUUUACUGUUUCUAUCCGACAAACACACUCAGAGCGUCUCUACUCUGUGCAGAUGAAGGUGUACACUCAGAACAGAACUCAGGAGACUCUGACGGUGCAGCAGCGCUUCGGUUUGGGGUGUGUGUCCGGGGCCGGUGCUCACGCUGUCUUCUACCCUUUAGAGGUAUCAGAGAUCAGUGGCAGGUCCGAGUGCUUUCACGUUUCUGUCCUGUCCUCUGUUUGUCAUAACAUUGUCAAGACAUAAAGACUAUGUUAGUACGUCCAUGAGAAAGUUGAUGUUUUAAUCAGGAAUCAUGUUUUCCAGCUCACUUUUACCUACUUUUUAAAGAUAACUGACUUGAUCUGGAUAAAGACUCACAAAAGCACCUCAAAAUAUCAUCCACCUUGUAAAAAUGUUGUCUUUUUUCACCAAUUUAAAUUCUCUUGUACUUUGUUGUGGUAAUCCAGCCUUAAUUCAGGUCUCUGUUGGCUUCAAGUUAAUCCUGUUUUUGGAUAAAACCAAUCCAAAUCUUCCUCAAAAGUUUGACGUGUGUGGUAUCUGGAGUACAGCAUCAACAUACCAGGCCGAGGUAUUUCCCAAAGUUACAUGAACUAAUCAAAGUGUGGAUUGUAGACACUGGGUCACCUGGCUGUUGAGUGCUUGUAGAGCACAGGUCACAGUUCACAGGUCACGAUUCCAGACUAGAUAAACAACAAACAAACAGAUGAUAACGAAAAGAUAGCUGGGGAACAAAGAGAGGAUGACCCUAUAUAACAGGAUUACAAACUGUGGUCAGGGAGAGCUGGACAUCAUUGGCAGUCCUCUCCCAGCAACUGCAGUGCUGUAUUGAUACUGGUUUUGUCUUUAUAAUAAACUCCUCUUAUACAAGCAAGCCAGUGUCACGAAGCCUCCUUCUGCAUCUACACAUCGAGGACAGUCCAGACACAACACGUGCAAACUGGAGGGUUAUGCUGAAUUUAUAACAGAAUCCCAUUUUCCUUUUAAAUAACUGAGAUUUUAACCCAGCUUUUAAAUUCAAUGCGAUCGGAUUACUUUUGAGCAUCACAUCCUAAAGAUCUGUGAUGUUUUGGGUAUUCAAGGUUAGAAUAGUUAUAAAACUUGUGUUGGUUAAAAACAACCAAAUCAGAAUAUUGUAGAAAGUUUCUACAUCAAAAUGUAACAGAAUCAGCAUUUCAGUUUAUGCGUAGCCCAAAGGAGGAAAAAUCCUUCAGAGAUGAUAGGUAACAGAGAUUUUUGCAUGAUAUACCUGCACACAGUUAUUUUUAGACCUGACAAUGUGAAGAGAUGAAGAGUUGAGCAAAAGUGCAAAAACUGUGCUAGAAAGCAGUUUCUUUACUGUGCUUUUAAGACUUAAUCUCCCAGAUUUUAUUCCCAAAUCUGACUGAGCUGUACUUCCUACUGCAUGAAAUACUGAAACUAAAAGAAGCAGAUAAUCUGAUUAAUAAAGAUCUUGCUUUUGCAGGAAGAACCUUGAAAGUUUGACUUUUAUUUUGAAGGAUUUUGAGGAAAACACGAUGUGAUUUUUUUCUUCAAAUGACCCCUUACUAUCUGACUUCCCCUUACUGUAUUUGCAUGAUUGUUUAGAUCAGUGUUAUGUGUUUUGCUGAUUUCUGUCCUAUUUUCUCCUCCACAGGUGCUGAAGGUGAGGUUAAACCUACAGCAAGCCGGCACCUACAAUGGUGUUGUGGCAUGUGCCCAAUCUAUAUACAGACAUGAGUCAAUAACCUCUUUUUAUAGAGGAUUCAAGCCCAGCAUUCUCUGCAUGAUCCCCUAUGCAGGUGUGGAGUGUGCGGUUCAUCAGGUGAGACAGAACGACACCCACCGCUUUCUUUCCAUUUUCCCUUUAAAGCUAUAACUUCUCUGACUAUCUGUCUCUGAUUUCAGUCUAUCAUGAACUGGGCAAAGAGUGAUCCAGCCUACAACAGCGACUCAAAACUGUUUUUCUUCAGCUUUGUGGCCUUCGCUUCAGGACAGAUGACUAGUUACCCACUGGCAGUGAUCAGGACUCAGCAGCAAGCACAAGGUAAACCUCUGAAACUCCAGAGAUGAUUCAAAAUAAUGAGAUCAUAUUACACUCAUCGCUUUUUGUCUUGUUUUCCAGCUUUCAGCUCAGAUUCGCGGCCAACUUCAGGUGUUUUACAAGGACUUAUCGGGAUAUAUGAAAGAAGAGGAAUCAGAGGAUAUUAUAACGGGAUGGGAGCCAGCUUUGUCAGGGCUAUUCCAUGUGCUCUGAUAAACUACACUUUAACUAGGAAAUUUGAAGAUCUGUUUUCUUCAAUCGAGUCUUGAGAUGAAGCAAUGAGUUCUAAACUUUUUUUAGGAACUUAAAGCAAAAAAAAAUAAAAAAUUAAGAAAUGUAUUAAAAUUGACUUCCUCAAAAUGAAUGGAAACCUUUAAACUGGUUGAAAUUAACGGGGUAAGGUUUAUCAGACAGUGAUUUAAUGUAUUGUGUCCCAACCUUUAUCGCAGUCACCUCAUCAGGGAACUAUACUGACCAAAACAGUGAGGAAGCUGCACAUGUGUAAGAUGUUAAUAAAAUUAUAUUUCAUGACAGAGUUAA